UCAGUCGCGCUUCGCCCGCCGGUACCCGGUGAGCUCGAAGUCCUGGAGAUCAUUCGCGCGCCUCCCACUCCAAAUCGUUCGACUUCUCCCACUCCUCCCCUGUCACGCGUUUUCAUCUUUUCACUUUACCCUGCGGCAAACGUUCGAAAACCUCGUAACGAGUGUCGGAAAUUCGAUUCGAAAUUUAGUCGUUCCAACCAAUGUGUACCAAUAUUAUUUAGAAAUUUCAUUUUAUCGAUAAAAAUUUUAUUUUACACGCCGAAUGCCGCAAAUAUAAACGUUUCUCCUCUGAAAUUGCAUCAUUUUUCUCUAAAUUCGUCCAUCAAUUUUCGAGAAGUGUUUAUUUUAAACAUUCUCAUCUAACGAAUGACAAAGAAUAAAUUCGAUGAAUUUAUCUCUUGGCAACAUUAUUUCUGCACACUUUUCGAAAUAAAUUUCUCUCCUGACUCAUUAAUAAUUCCUUUACAUACGAGUCUAAUCUCUAAUGUCAUCUGAGAUCGGUUAUCUGUGUUAUAUAUAUACGGAACGUAACGUGUGAAAACGCGUUGGGUCGCGCACCCCCAAUUCGUGUAUCGCAGGCACACGAUACGUGAUAGGUCCUGUCCCUGUAGAAUCGAACCCUCUCUAGCAAAUCACACGUGUUUUGCUAACGGAAUACAAGGGGAGAAUUAAGUAGCCCUGGUUGUAAAUUAUUUCGAGUGAGUGUCGAAAAAGUGUCUAUCUAUAAAAUCGAGUGAACUUUUACAAGGGUGUAAAAAGAUGGCCGACAGGAUAUACCGCCCCGAUGCAGAAUUCGCGAGGACAUCGCAUUGCGGAAGUAUGGAAAAGUACAAGCAAAUGCAUGAAAGGUCGUUGAAAAAACCCGAACAAUUUUGGGCCGAAAUAGCGAAACAAUUUUACUGGGAAACGCAAACGUCGGAGGACAAGUUCUUCUCAUACAAUUUCGAUCUCAACGAGGGUGACGUAUUCAUCAAAUGGAUGGAAGGUGCCUCAACGAAUUUGAGCUUCAAUCUUCUCGACAAAAAUGUCAAGUGUGGACAUGGCGAUAAAAUAGCAUUUUACUGGGAAGGCAACGACCCGGACGACUAUUCGAGACUGACGUACAGAAAGCUCCUCGAGGAAGUAUGCAGAUUCGCGAACGUUCUAAAAUCGAAGGGUGUGGCGAAGGGGGACCGAGUCGCGAUUUACAUGCCGAUGAUACUCGAACUGCCGAUCGCGAUGCUCGCCUGCACGAGGAUCGGUGCUGUCCACAGCGUUGUGUUCGCAGGAUACUCCUCGGAUUCCCUGGCCGAAAGGAUGUUGGAUUCGAAAUCAAAAGUCCUGAUAACGGCGGACGGGGUGUGGCGCGGGGAGAAGCUUCUAAACCUGAAAGCAAUUUGCGACGAUGCGAUGAACAAAGUGGCUUCUCAAGGCCAUCAGAUCGAGAGCUGUGUCGUCGUUUCGCAUUUGCGUCGACUCAACAAUCCCCAGGGAAAGGAAACUGCCAAGGGAAAGGCGAACGGCACGAGCAACGGCGACAAUAACGAAGUUAGAAAUUCCUGGGACGAAGACCGAGACGUGUGGUGGCACGAAGAGAUGGAAGAUGCAGAGGCGAGCUGUUAUCCAGUCUGGAUGGACGCGGAAGAUCCUCUUUUCAUUCUAUACACAAGUGGGUCAACCGGAAAACCCAAAGGUGUUCUUCACACGACGGCCGGCUACUUGAUAUACGCAGCAACGACCUUCAAAUACGUUUUUGAUUAUCGGCCCGGUGACGUGUAUUGGUGCACUGCUGAUAUUGGAUGGAUCACGGGACACACUUACGUCGUUUAUGGGCCUUUGGCAAACGCGGCUACAUCCGUUAUCUUCGAAGGCACGCCGUUUUAUCCUACCAACGACAGAUACUGGUCGGUUAUUGACAAGUACAAGGUCUCCCAAUUCUAUACAGCUCCUACGGCGAUUCGAUCGCUCAUGAAAUUCGGCGAUGAUUUGGUCAAGAAACACAAUCUCAGUACGCUCAAGGUUCUAGGCUCAGUCGGCGAACCAAUAAAUUCCGAGGCCUGGUUAUGGUUCUACAAUUUGGUAGGUCACGAAAAGUGCAGCAUAGUCGAUACGUUUUGGCAAACGGAAACCGGUGGCCACGUUAUUACCCCACUUCCAGGAGCGACGCCAAUGAAGCCUGGAUCAGCGUCGUUUCCGUUCUUUGGAGUGCAACCGGAAUUAUUGGACGAGGACGGACGCGUGAUCGAGGGCGAAGGCGAAGGUUAUCUCGUUUUUCGACGACCUUGGCCAGGAAUGAUGAGGACUUUGUACAACAACCAUGAACGUUUCCAGAAUACUUAUUUCGACAGAUUUCAUGGUUUUUAUUGCACUGGAGAUGGAGCGAGGCGCGACGCUGACGGAUAUCUCUGGGUGACCGGAAGGAUUGACGACAUGUUAAACGUAUCGGGGCAUCUGAUGUCAACAGCGGAAGUGGAGAGUGUUUUGGCGGAGCAUUCGUCGGUCGCGGAGGCCGCUGUCGUCAGCAAGCCUCAUCCGGUCAAGGGUCAAUGUCUCUAUUGUUUCGUAACACCGAACGAGGGAAAAAUUUUCGACAAGAAAUUGCAGGACGAGUUGAAGAUAAAAGUGCGAGAAAAAAUCGGGCCAUUCGCUCAACCGGACAUAGUCCAGCACGCUCCAGGUUUGCCGAAAACACGUUCAGGAAAAAUAAUGCGAAGAAUAUUAAGAAAAAUAGCAGUAGGCGACAAGAACGUCGGGGACACGUCAACGUUGGCGGACGAGACGAUCGUAGACGUGCUUUUCCAACUGAGGCCGCAAGUUUAACGCGCAUUAUAAGAUCCAAUUCCUAUAGAGGCAAAGGGAAGGAGAGACGAAAUGAAACAUCGAAUAGGCGGGAGAGAAAGCUCGAUGGAAGUUCGUUAGUUCCAUUUUAAAAUCAUUUUAUUCGCAUAAAACGAUAGCUGCUAAAGAAAUUGCCGAAAAAUGAAAGUAAUUAAUGUUAACGCGAAUUAAUGAAUAUAUUUAAAAAUAUAUAUACGAGAGAAAGAUAAAUAGUUUAAAAGAGAAAUGGAAAUUAUAUAGGAAAUGGGGAGGGAAGAGCAUUGGGAGUGGACCUGCACGAUAAACGUCCAAAUAAAAUAAUAUUUAAGCCAGUUGCAAUAUACACUGAAAACGUAACACCUGCAACAUAUAACUGCACUAACGCACCUUAUUUAUUAAAUUGCUAUGAAAAGCAAAACGAAAAAUGUGGGAAAUCCAAUAACAGACGCCCCCGAUCUCGAGAUUUCUUUUAGAAAAAGUUUCUCAAAGAACUAAGGGGGGGGGGGGGCGCGUUGCAUACAUAUCAUUCCCUGAGGAACAAAAAACUAAUUUAUAGGUGUGAUAACUGUUGAAAAAGUUGUGAGAGCAUAAUAUAUAUAUAUAUACACGUAUAUAUGAAAAUGUUAUAAGAGAUAAAAUUAUGAAUAAUAAUGAAAAAGAAAAAAAGUAAAGAUAAUUGUAAAUGUAAUGUACAUGCAUAAAUGCCCAUGAAUUAUUGUUAUAA